AUGGACAUUGCAACAAAUCACUUCUCCACUUCCUCUACAAAUUUUACCAUUCUGGAUGCACCUGGUCACCGUGACUUUGUACCCAACAUGAUAGCAGGUGCCUCCCAAGCCGACUUUGCCGUAUUGGUUCUUGAUGCCUCGACGGGUGCCUUUGAAUCUGGCUUUCAAAGCAAUGGGCAGACAAGAGAACACACACUCCUGGCCCGCGCGAUAGGCGUCAGCAGAAUAAUAGUGGCAGUGAAUAAACUUGAUGCGGUUAGCUGGGAUCACGAUCGAUAUAUUGAGAUAACACAGCAAAUAGGCCACUUCUUGUCCAGUGCCGGGUUUAAUUCAAACUCGACGAGUUUCAUUCCUUGCAGUGGACUAACUGGAGCGAAUAUCGUUCAUAAUGCGCGCGACAAGUUACCUUGGUAUAACGGGCCGACACUCGUCCAGGCACUCGAGUCUUCAAAACCACAAUCACGGGCUAUCAGCUCUCCCCUUCGAAUUACCAUCAGCGAUGUUUUUCGCGGGGGGAUACAAAACCCUGUAAGCAUAUCAGGCCGGAUCGAAGCUGGAGGUCUCCAAAUUGCCGACGUGCUUCUCGCACUGCCGUCGGAGGAAUCCGCAACGGUUAAGGACAUAGAGAUAAAUGAGCAGAGCUCUGAGUGGGCAGUGGCGGGGCACAACGUUACUCUCCAUCUCUCAGGCAUAGAUAUAAUCCACCUAAAACCCGGAGACGUGCUGUGCUCCCCGGAUUCACCAAUCGUUCCACUCAACUCCUUCGAUCUCAAAAUUCUUUCAUUCGAGACCAUCACACCAAUGCUAGUGGGCAUCCAUCGCGGGAGAUUGAAUGCAAGCGGAAGAGUGGUUUCCUUACUGGAGAGCAUGGAUAGGACUACCGGUAAGACGCUCAAGAAGAAACCCCGGCAUAUCGCCCCUGGCAUGUUGGCAAGGAUCAAGGUGGAGGUUACCUUAUGCGCGGGAAUUCCAGUGGAAAAGGGGAAUAAGCUUGUUCUGAGGCUAGGUGGGAAGACUGUGGCGGCAGGUGUAGUAGAAUAG